AUGGUAUCGUGUGCCGUUGCUACCUGUAGCAAUACGUAUCAUAAUACGAAAACUAGCGUGGUAUUUCAUAGAUUUCCGUGCAAAAAUAUUCAGUUAACGAAAGAAUGGUUGCAUAGGUGUCGAAGAGCGGAUAUUGUUAACACAAAGAGUGCUCGAAUAUGCAGCAUUCACUUCACUGAAUCUGAUUAUGAGGAUGAUAUGAAAAAUAGGUUGCUAGGAUUACCGACAAAAAAGAUACUGAAGUCAACUGCUAUUCCAACUGCUUGUAUUCCUGACUUGGUUAUUUAUCAGAAUACACCAAGGCAGCAAAGGCAACAAAAAAAGAAAAAAUUACAAAGUGCAUUUGAAAUGAAUUCAGAAUUUAAGUCCUAA